UCCGCUAUACGAAAGUCCACCAUCCCGGGAGAGACAGAGACAGAGACAGAGUGCCUAGCCUUGUCAGGAGGUCGAUCUCGGUACGUCGCAGGGCAUCAGCUGUUCGUUUUCAGGAGACGCGGAAGACGACGAGAACUGCAAACGAUACCCUCCCAAAUGAUUGCAUCAAUGGAUGCUGCUGUUUGUAAUCCAUCUCUUGGACCUUCUUCUUCUUCUUCUUCUUGUUAUGUAAGUAGCAGACCCAGCUUUUGUCCAGAUUUGAGGCGCAGCUCAGUGAGAUUAUCUUCGGAAGUUUUCAAGGUCAAGAUUGGCAGGUUGGAAAGAAGUCUUUGCCGAUCUAGCGGAAAUAAACUCAGUGCCGUCAUAGCUUCAGCUUCUCAAACAUCGGUUUCUGAUCCAAUUUCUACACCUUCAAGGAACGACUUGAGUGACUCAUUAAAAAAAUCAAAUGAAGCAUCAUUGAUCCUAAUUCGACAUGGGGAAUCUCUAUGGAAUGAAAAGAACCUAUUUACUGGUAGUGUUGAUGUGCCACUUACCAAGAAGGGUGUGGAAGAGGCGAUUCAAGCGGGUAAAAGGAUUAGCAACAUUCCUGUUGACAUGAUAUAUACAUCAUCAUUAAUCCGUGCACAGAUGACUGCAAUGCUUGCCAUGACUGAGCACCGCCAACAGAAGGUGCCAAUCAUAUUGCAUGAUGAGAAUGAGAGGGCGAGGACAUGGGGUCGUAUUUUCAGUGAAGAGACCAAAAAGCAAUCCAUUCCAGUUGUAACAGCUUGGCAAUUGAAUGAAAGAAUGUAUGGUGAGUUGCAAGGUCUAAAUAAACAGGAAACAGUCGAGAGAUAUGGGAAGGAACAAGUUCAUGAGUGGCGGCGAAGUUAUGAUAUUCCCCCACCUAAUGGGGAGAGCUUGGCAAUGUGCGCUCAAAGAGCUGUCACGUAUUUCUGUGAUGAGAUUGAACCUCAACUUUUCAAUGGAAAAAAUGUGAUGAUUGCAGCCCAUGGCAAUUCACUGAGAUCCAUCAUCAUGUAUCUGGACAAAUUAACUACUCAAGAGGUUAUAAGUUUGGAGCUAUCAACUGGAGUUCCGCUAUUAUACAUUUUCAAAGAGGGAAGAUUUGUAAGGAGAGGUAGUCCUGUGGGACCUACUGAAGCUGGUGUCUAUGCUUAUACUGGGAAAUUGGCUCAGUACAGGCAGAAAUUGGAUGAGAUGUCACAUUAGCAUCCAGGCAGUUGGAAGAGGCUGCAUCUGAGUUGCAUUGUAAACGAAGACAGUAUUGGCCUGCCAUAGUAUUAUUGAAGUUCGAAGAGUAGAAAAGUUACACAUACCUCUAUCUUUAACUCAGAAUAUGAUUCCCAUUUUUCUUUGCUUAAAAUAUUUUGCAAUGUCUUCAGGAUUGUAAUAGUUAAAUUCUUUGGUGGAGUGACUGACGUAACUUGUGCAAUAUCUUUUGGAAGGAAAAAGGGGAAAAGAAGAGACUCUGCACUUUGGAUGUUCCAUUUGGCCUUCUGUUCA